AUGGAUGUUCUGAUUGGUGGAUCACUGAUGGAUGAUCCCAUUGGUGGGUCACUGAUGGAUGUUCCGACUGGUGGGUCACUGAUGGAUGUUCCGAUUGGUGGAUCACUGAUGGAUGUUCUGAUUGGUGGAUCACUGAUGGAUGUUCUGAUUGGUAGAUCACUGAUGGAUGUUCCGACUGGUGGAUCACUGAUGGAUGCUCCCAUUGGUGGAUCACUGAUGGAUGCUCCGACUGGUGGAUCACUGACGGAUGUUCUGAUUGGUGGAUCACUGAUGGAUGCUCCCAUUGGUGGGUCACUGAUGGAUGCUCCCAUUGGUGGAUCGCUGAUGGAUGUUCCGAUUGGUGGAUCACUGAAGGAUGUUCCGAUUGGUGGAUCGCUGAUGGAUGUUCUGAUUGGUGGAUCACUGAAGGAUGUUCUGAUUGGUAGAUCACUGAAGGAUGUUCUGAUUGGUAGAUCACUGAUGGAUGUUCCAAUUGGUGGAUCACUGAUGGAUGUUCCCAUUGGUGGAUCACUGAAGGAUGUUCUGAUUGGUGGAUCACUGAUGGAUGCUCCCAUUGGUGGAUCACUGAAGGAUGUUCUGAUUGUCGGAACAUCCAUCAGUGACCCACCAAUGGGAUCAUCCAUCAGUGAUCCACCAAUCAGAACAUCCAUCAGUGACCCACCAAUGGGAUCAUCCAUCAGUGAUCCACCAAUUGGAACAUCCAUCAGUGAUCUAUCAAUCAGAACAUCCUUCAGUGAUCCACCAGUGGGAGCAUCCAUCAGUGAUCCACCAAUGGGAGCAUCCAUCAGUGAUCCACCAAUCAGAACAUCCUUCAGUGAUCCACCAAUCGUAACAUCCAUCAGUGAUCCACCAAUCGGAACAUCCAUCAGUGAUCUACCAAUCAGAACAUCCUUCAGUGAUCCACCAAUCAGAACAUCCGUCAGUGAUCUAUCAAUCAGAACAUCCUUCAGUGAUCCACCAAUCAGAACAUCCAUCAGUGACCCACCAAUGGGAUCAUCCAUCAGUGAUCCACCAAUCGGAACAUCCUUCAGUGAUCUACCAAUCGGAACAUCCAUCAGUGAUCCACCAAUGGGAGCAUCCAUCAGUGAUCCACCAAUCAGAACAUCCAUCAGUGAUCCACCAAUCAGAACAUCCUUCAGUGAUCCACCAAUCGGAACAUCCAUCAGUGAUCUACCAAUCAGAACAUCCUUCAGUGAUCCACCAAUCAGAACAUCCGUCAGUGAUCCACCAGUCGGAACAUCCAUCAGUGAUCCACCAAUCGGAACAUCCUUCAGUGAUCUACCAAUCGGAACAUCCUUCAGUGAUCUACCAAUCAGAACAUCCGUCAGUGAUCCACCAAUUGGAACAUCCUUCAGUGAUCCACCAAUCGGAUCAUCCAUCAGUGAUCCACCAAUCGGAACAACCUUCAGUGAUCUACCAAUCCGAACAUCCUUCAGUGAUCCACCAGUCAGAACAUCCGUCAGUGAUCCACCAAUCGGAACAUCCAUCAGUGAUCUACCAAUCAGAACAUCCUUCAGUGAUCCACCAAUGGGAGCAUCCAUCAGUGAUCCACCAAUCAGAACAUCCAUCAGUGAUCCACCAAUCGGAACAUCCUUCAGUGAUCUACCAAUGGGAGCAUGCAUCAGUGAUCCACCAGUCGGAACAUCCGUCAGUGAUCCACCAAUUGGAACAUCCUUCAGGGAUCAACCAAUCAGAACAUCCAUCAGUGAUCUACCAAUCGGAACAUCCAUCAGUGAUCCACCAAUGGGAGCAUCUAUCAGUGAUCCACCAAUCAGAACAUCCGUCAGUGAUCCACCAAUCGGAACAUCCUUCAGUGAUCUACCAAUCAGAACAUCCAUCAGUGAUCCACCAAUUGGAACAUCCUUCAGUGAUCCACCAAUCGGAACAACCUUCAGUGAUCUACCAAUCCGAACAUCCUUCAGUGAUCCACCAGUCAGAACAUCCGUCAGUGAUCCACCAAUGGGAGCAUCCAUCAGUGAUCCACCAAUUGGAACGUUGUCAGGAAUAAACAGAUUGAACAUAUCAGCCAAUCAAAUCGCUCAUUGA